AUGAGCGCCUUAGAGGAUCUAUCAAUAUCCACUUAUGAACAUGUUGGUUGUUUAAAUGUGAAAAACGAAUACCAUCGUAUAUUUCAACAACAAUUAUCUAAUGAUUCACAAGAAUCAUCAUCAUAUCAGAUAUUUUCUAGUUCAAUAAUGGAUGUCGAACUUUGUUUUCGCCUUUGUCGACGUUGGACUAUUUUAAUAUAUGAUAAAUCCAGAUGUAUUUGUUUGUAUACGAUAAGUGAACAUCAUGAAUAUGCAAAAUUAGGUGAUUGGACCUUAAAUUGUACGAAUAGAUAUUCUGUUUAUACUCUAGGAAUAAAUAAAUCGAUAACAAUUCGAACAAAAUUCAAUCCGCUAUCAAAAAUUUCUGCUAGUAUUUAUCAACCAUUUAGUGCUUAUGAUUGGUCUCUAGACGGUUGUUAUUAUUUUUCGGAAAUUCAAAGUGUUAGAGUUGAUUUAAAAUUUGACACAGAUUAUGAACAAGGUCUACAAAUGUGUAUGAGAAAAUGUUUAAUUAGAAGUGGAAAAUCUGGAUAUUUUUUUCUGUCACGUAGAAAAAAUUGUUAUUGUUCAACGUCUUUUAACGAUGUAAAAAUUCAUUCCAGUAGUACAACAGCACUAAGAAAAUCUAUAAAACAAUGUUCAUUUCUAACACCAAUAUGUUUUGUUUUCAAAAAUACAAUGACAACUUCGUGUCAACAGUAUAGUGACGGUAUGAGUUUUGAUACAUUAGCAAAAAUUAAUUAUAAAAUGUAUUGCUUCAAUAAUGCCUUUGGAUAUAGUCGUGUUCUUCAUCAAUGUAUACAAUUAAUUAGUUUUUCAUCGUUCUAUCGAAAUUAUAAACAACUAUGUUCCACAACCAACACAUUUCGACUUGAUUUUGAACAACAAUGGACGUAUUUAUUAACAUAUUAUCUGCCAGUCAUCAUGGAUAAACGUAUUGGAGGAAAAAGUGCAAUUUGGAUUGAUCGAAGAUCGAAAUAUGCCUAUGAACUACUGACACAAAGAGAGAAAGAGAAAUACAAUUAUUUGAAUGAAGACCAAUGUUUGAUAUUAUAUCCAACUUUUGAUUCAUGGUAUAUUAAAAUUGUACCAUGCAUAUACUAUUACGCAUAUUAUGGUUUAUGUCAAACAGCAGCAAUCGAAAGUAAUCUAAAUUUAAUGAAAGAAUUUACAUCUGAACCGCAGUGA